AUGAAACGAAAAGAACUUAGCUGGAUGUACGAAAGGAAGGUUGGGAAUUCUAUUAAUCCUGAGUUCUUAAAGGGGGUAGAUGAAUUCCUUAAAUAUGUGGAAGAUCAUCCCGAGAGUAGCAACCCGAAUGAAGUUAGGUGUCCAUGUUUUAAAUGCAAAAACAAACGUCUUUGGGAUCCAGAUACGGUUAAACUUCAUUUGUAUCGCAACGGUUUUUUACCUAAUUACUAUGAGUGGAUGUGUCAUGGGGAAGGGUUUCCAGGAACUCGUAGAAGGCAGUCAAAUGAAUAUCGUGAAAUGGUUUUGGAUGCCUUUGGUCAGUCUCAAGAUCAAGGCCAUUCCGAAGAGUCACCUGUUUCAUUAGAGAAGGAGCCUAAUGCACAAGCCAAGCCAUUUUUUGAUUUGUUAAGGGCUUCUGAACAACCGUUAUAUGAAGGGAGUUCAUUGUCUGUGUUAGAGAUGGCUUCUAGAAUCACUAGCCUAAAGUGUGAGUAUAAUUUGCCGCACAGAUGUGUUGAUGGAUUUGCUUCUUUGGUUAAUGAAUCGAUUCCUAACAACAACCACAUGGCCAAGACAUUCUAUGAGGUCAAGAAAAUUGUUAAGGGGGUGUGUGGCAGCGACCGAUACAAGAAGACUUCUAAAGGUAGCUUAGUGCCUUUGAAUGUUCUAUUUUAUUUCCCUAUCACACCUAGGUUGCAAAGGCUUUUUGCAACUAAAAACAUUUUUGAGGAAAUGACAUGGCAUGCUAAAAAUCCUCGAGUUCAAGGCACAAUGGCACACCCUAGCGAUAGUGAAGCGUGGAAACACCUAGAUAGUUGCUUUCCUGAGUUUGCCUCUGAACCUCGUAAUGUUCGACUUGGUCUAUGUACGGAUGGAUUUGCUCCACAUGGUCAGUUUGGGGGACAAUAUUCAUGUUGGCCUGUCAUUUUGACCCCUUAUAACUUGCCUCCGUCAAUGUGUAUGAAAAGACAGUUCAUGUUUCUUUCGUUACUCGUUCCUGGUCCUAAAAACCCUAAGGGCAACUUGGAUGUUUACAUGCAACCGCUCAUACACGAGUUGAAACAGUUGUGGGAAGUUGGGGCAAAUACUUACGAUAUUUCGAGAAAACAAAAUUUCAAUCUUCGAGCAGCCAUCCUAUGGACCGUUAGUGACUUCCUGACUUAUGGUAUGUUAUCUGGUUGGACCACAGCCGGUAAGAAGGCUUGCAUGGAGAAAAGCAAAGCAUUUUGGCUCGAAAAUGGUGGUAAGGUUACUUGGUUUGAUUGCCAUCGUCAAUUCCUUCCGACAAAUCAUCCUUUUCGAAAUAGUAAAAAUGCAUUUUGUAAAAACAAAGUCGAAAAAGGUUCACCACCUCACAUCAUGUUAGGAGAGGAACUUUGGGAAUGUGUGAAAAACCUCCCGAAAGCAACAGAUGGCCCCGAGGCACUGAAACGUCUCAAGAAUGCAAAAAAAGGGUGGUUCAAGCAAAACACUCUAUGGGACCUUCCAUAUUGGAAACAUCUGCUUGUUCGUCAUAACUUAGAUUUCAUGCACGUUGAAAAAAACUUUUUUGAUCAGUUGAUUCACACUAUAAUGGACGUGAAAAAGCUAUCUUGUGACACGCCAUCAGCUCAGAAUGACAUUGCUAAAUACUGUAAACGACCCCAGCUACAUCUUCAAGAGGAUGAUAGAGGAAAAGAAUUCAUGCCAAAGGCUCCAUUUGCACUUGACAAGGCUCAGAGAAAGGUUUUGUGUGAGUGGGUCAAACAGCUGCGGUUUCCUGAUGGUUACGCUUCCAAUUUGAGCCGAUGCGUUGAUUUGCAAUCAGUUGAGAUCCUGUGCAAGCUUGAGAAGGUUUUCCCCCCAUCUUUCUUCAACUCCAUGGAGCAUUUACCAAUUCAUUUGCCAUAUGAGGGCAAGUUAUGUGGACCUGUUCAAUAUCGGUGGAUGUAUCCUUUCAAAAGGUUCCUCAAUCACCUGAAACGAAAAAUUGGUAAUAAGGCUCGUGUUAAAGGUUCCAUAUGCAACGCUUAUCUAACUGAAGAGAUAUCAAACUUCUGCCCCAAUUACUUUCAGCCCUCAGUUGACACAAAAACACGAGAUCUAGUUCGAAAUGUGAAUGCUGAUGUGGAAUCCCCGGCUGACAACGAUGAAAUCCCAGAGCUGUUUACGGUGGAUAAGGGUCGUGUGUCAAAUUUGGGUAAAACUCGGUAUUUAGAUGACAAGGAACUCGAACGUGCUCAUUUGUUCGUUUUAAGAAAUACCAGCAUUCUUGGUGAAUACGAAAGGCAGUUUGAGGACUACAUUCUUAGUACUAGAACUUAUUUGCGUCGAGAAGAUGUCAUGGAGAAAUGCGAAAGUGAAUUCCCUGAUUGGUUUCAUCACAAGGUGAGAGAACAGAAACCAAGUUCCGAUGUGUUGCGAGCAUUGUCUAUGAGGCCUUUCAAGCGUGUUCGAACUUGGAACCAGAUAUUUGUCGGUGGCUUUAAUUUCCACACACAGUCCUAUGGUAAACACAAAUCUACGAUGAAUUACGGGGUGUGUGUCUCAAGUGAGGACGGUGGAGAGUACUUUGGCAUUUUAAACGACAUAUUUGAACUUGUCUACACCGGUCCCGAAAAAGAGUACAAGACUAUUUUGUUUAGUUGUAGUUGGAUGGAUUGUGGUAAAGGAAUGAACAUUCAUGAACAAUACAAGCUUGUCGAAGUAAAUCAUACUAAGAAGUAUCCCAAGUAUGAUCCAUUUGUCUUAUCUUAUUGA